AUGAAGAGUCGAUACAUUGUCAUCUUCCUGCUUUUGCUGUCGGGGCUGGGCAUUGCCGAUGCUAGAGAGAGAAGUUCUUCGUCAGGGUUUCAUCAGGGGUCCACGCGCGAAGAGAUUCUGGCCAAUCGAGCUCGUCGGAAAAAGCAGUUGGAAGCCUUGUUACUGGAGUCACGACAACAACUCGCCGAUCAUACCAAGGGAAAGAAACUACUCGACAGCAACGAUUUGACUUCCCUCGAAAAAAAGAUUCAUGUCUUUCAACGAAAACUAGAUACCAUGGAGGGUGACAUGGAUGAACGAGAGGUGGAACGCAUCCUAAAGAGAGAAGAAUUGAGACAUGAACGAGACGAAGAACGGCGUCGAAGACGAGAACGAGAGGAAUUGUGA